UCAUUUCAAGCUAACAGUAACAUAGCACACUCAAUAGGCAAUAUAUUGAAAAGUAUAAUAUUGUAAUAGGUCAAUCAAUCGAACAAAAUGGCACCCGGAGUUGGUAAAGCUAUGAAAAAGUCGUCACCGGGCAAAGCGCAGAAAAGCGUCGUUGCCAAGCCAAGUGGCGGCAACAGGAAGCGCAAGACCAAGAGGCUUCAAACGUACGGCAUCUACAUUUACAAAGUGCUGAAACAAGUGCAUCCCGAUACCAGCAUCUCGUCAAAGGCAAUGAGCAUCAUGAACAGUUUCGUCAACGACCUUUUCGAGCGCAUCGCCAGCGAGGCCAACCGGCUGGCACAAUACAACAAGCGUAGGACGAUCUCCAGUAAAGAGAUCCAGACGGCCGUGCGGCUUUUGUUGCCCGGCGAAUUGGCCAAGCACGCAGUCAGCGAAGGCACCAAGGCCGUGACCAAGUAUACCAGCUCCAAAUAAUGGAUAUUUUAUUAAUCUAAUAUAUUAUUGUAAUUGUAACAUUUAUUUUUACCAAACUUCACAAAUUGAAAUUAAUAUUUAUAAACGGGCCCUUCUCAGGGCCACAAAA